AUGAAGAUGCACUUCUGCAUUCCGGUGUCCCAGCAGCGACCCGACGCUCUGGGGGGCCGCUAUGUGCUGUACUCCGUGUACCUGGACGGCUUCCUUUUCUGCCGGGUGCGCUACAGCCAGCUGCAUCGCUGGAACGAGCAGCUGAAGCGAGUCUUUGGGAACUGCCUGCCACCCUUUCCACCCAAGUACUACCUGGCCAUGACCGUAUCCAUGGCCGAUGAGAGGAGAAACCAGUUGGAACAGUAUUUGCAAAAUGUAACUGCAGACCCGAAUGUGUUGAAAAGUGACAUCUUCAUUGAUUUUUUAAAAUGUGUACAACUGAAGACAUUCAGCAUUGCCACUCAGACCACAACCCUGGACAUAUUUCUUCCUGCCGGAGGGAGGUUACAGGUCGAAAUCCUCACAUCAGACACCACUGAAAGAGUCCUAGAGGUUGUAUCUCACAAAAUUGGGCUGUGCCGGGAGCUCCUGGGCUACUUCGGGCUCUUCCUCAUUCAGUUUUGUGAGGAAGGGAAACUCUCUGUUGUGAAGAAGUUGGUGGACUUUGAGCUCCUUUACGUUAGCCUUCAGAGCUGUGGCGUGGACAACUGCAAGGUUGGCCUCAGAAAGUGGUACAUGGAUCCAUCCCUCGACUCCCUGCUGAUGGACUGCAGAGUGGCGCUGGACUUGUUGUAUACACAGGCAAUUGAGGACAUUGAGAAAGAAUGGGCCAAACCCACAGAGACACAGAAGCGGAGAUUAGAAGCUCUCCAGAGAGAAGAGAAUCAAGCAAAGUUUUUGCAGCUGUCACACGAGGUGUGGCACUACGGGUACGUGCAACUGGAUCCCUGCACCUGCGACUACCCAGAGCCAGGCUGCAGGGCUGUCCUCGCUGUCGGCAACAACGAGAUCAGCUGCUGCAUAACCCUACCCGAUGGCCAGACCCAGGACGUCGCUUUCCAGCUGAGCAGGGUGAAGUGCUGGCAGGUCACUUUCCUUGGGACUCUGCUGGAUACAGAUGGGCCCCAGCGAACUCUCCACCAGGAUUUAGAGCUCCGAUUCCAAUACAGUGAGGAAGGUCACUGGCAGUGGUUUGUCAUGUAUAGCAAACAGGCUUUUUUGCUGAGUAGCUGCUUGAAAAAGAUGAUCUCAGAGAAGAUGGAGAAGUCAGCUGCAGAGAACCCGGAGAUGCAGAUUGAAGUUCCGGAACAAGGCAAAACGAAAAAACACCACAUUCUGCAAAACCAGCAUAAAGACUCUCACAGUUUUCUAUUAAGAAAAAGCAACAUUAAGGCCACUGAAAGUGAUUGUGUUUUUGGGAACAUAAAGGAAGAAGACCUUUGA